UUCAGAUAACUACUCUGUUGGUCAAUGAUUAACAUAUUUAAACCAAAAAAGUGAUGCAAUGUCCCAUGACCCUCUUGUAACGUAAAUAAUGGACGUAAUUAUUAUUUUUAGAAAGUAAUGACAUAAGCAAAACAUGGAUGCGGUCAACGUUUGUUUAAUUUAUACAUUCUAUUUUCACAGAAUGGUUCUAUAAAUGGCCAAUUGUAUGUGAUGGAUUCGGGGUUGAUUGUAUCAUUGAUAAACGACUACAGUUAAACUAUAAAGUAUUACAGAAAAUAAUAAAAAAGAAGAAAUUGAGCAUCAUUUCAGAUAACAUUCAAUCGGAGAUGGAUUUAACAAUCUUACAUCUUUCAUCGAGUAUUGAAUUUGAAAAACUUCUCAUCUUCCAAAAAAUGGGGACAAUACGUCAGGUAAACAUAAGAGAAGAACUACACAACUCAAUUGAAGCAAAUCAGAUCAACCUAUGUAGAUAUAUACUAAUGAAAUCCAACAAAAGUGUCUUGUUUCCACUGUUAGAAGAAGCUUUAGACAAAGCUAUUAGAACAAAAUGUAGAAACACAAUAAAGGCUGUCACUUCCCGAAUCAUUACAGAAUUUUCCCAAAUGCAUAAGAACGUGUUGGACAGAAAAACAAGUAUUUGGUUAGGCAUCGAAUGCGCUUGUAAGACAACAAAAGAUGAGAAUUACGAAGAUUGUCUUUGUUUCUCUUCAAAGCCCAAGAUAAUUCUUGAAAGGUAUCAAUCAAACUUUGAAGAUACAUCUAUCGAUAAAAUGUUUGCUGGUUUCUCGAUAAGGAUUAUUGAUUUUAUGGAAUCAAACUCAACAGAAGCAAGCAUUGUUGCAAAAAAGAUUUUGGAAAAUUCUGAAACUCAAUUGAUAGAGGGGAAUAUAUCUGGGAAAGUAGCAAAAGAACUGUUUAAAAAACACGCUAAGUUAUCCAUUAUCUAUCCUUCUACUAUGAAAUCGAAAGGUUUUAAGAAUCCCGGAUCUCAUAAAGUCGAGAAACUUGACUGUAUCAACUUAGUUUGUAGCGUAAAAGGAGUUAUACCAGUAGGAGAGACUCAUUUUCCUUUAGAAAUUGAAGGUGUCCGAACGGAUGUGUUAGAGGGAGCAACACAUUUACUUGGCACUUUGAGGAUUGGUGAUGUGGUUGAAAAUACGAAUACUCAAGCUACUGGCACGCUCGGGGGGUUUGUAAAAUAUUAUGGAUUGGACACAUUUUUAACAUGUGCUCAUGUUGUCUUUGGAAUAGAUAAUGUGCAUUCAAUAACAAAAAAAGAAAUACAUCUCAAAAACUGUCAUAAAAUGAAGGGCAACACCAUUUCUGAUGAGACAGAAUGUAUAUUGAUUCGGCAUCAAUUCAAAAAUAAUAAUCAUGAUCCAUCUGAGACGAGCAUCGAUGCAGCUUUGGCUAUAAUCAAGACAGGCGAUUUGAGUAUAAUCAACAUUGCAAGAGACGGCCCAAACAAUCACUGUUGCUCGGGAUUAGGUUUGUCAUCACCUUAUUUGAAUAACAAUGCUAUCGAUCCAGUAACAUUGCGUAACGCCAAAGCAUUUUGCGGAUAUUCCGGAAAUCAGAUAAGUGAUUCAAAAACAUUGAAGAGGAAUGUCCUUGUAAGAAUGCCUUCACAUCUACAGUCUGGAUACAUUACGAUGUUCAAUCAGCUAUGUCUCUAUGGGAUGGAUUUUCAACCAGGAGAUUCGGGGACGUGUGUGUAUGUUGAUAACUCGAGCUACUUCAGUAGGCAAACUGGUUGUAUUGGGAUGUUGAUAGGACAGUCAACGUGUGGACACUAUGUUUUAACACCGAUGAAGGAAAUACUGAAAGCAUUUGAGUUGUAAAUCGUAUAUAACUCAGAGAUAGAUAUAAAAACUAAUAAUAUUUAUGUGAAAACAUUAAAUUAUGAAUGACCUAUAUUUUUGUUGAAAGUUUCAAAAUUAUUGUAUUCCAUAUUUAUAUUCCUACCUAAUGGAGCAAAAAGGACAGUAUGGUUCUAGAUUUGAGCAAUUUGGUCAGAGCUGUUAUGUUUCGAAGUUGUAUUGUAUAUAUUAUGAUUUACAGAUUGAAAGUCUACUAGAAAAUCGUAGCAAAAUGAAACUAUUUGUAGGAAUAACGUUUUGAUUUUAAUCGAAACAUGCGAAAAGGGACAGAAAAUUUAAAAGAGGCAAUCAAAACCAGAUAUAAAAAAAUACAGAAAACAUAAAGAUCAAUAGAUUAAAACUGCCCCAGGUUUAGGGGGGG